AUGGAACUGAUAGAAGUUGCUGGGCUGAUGAAGACUAUCACACACUUUGGACCUUGCUAUGAAAACUUAGUAAAGGAAUUUGUGGUGAUUAUCCCUUAUGGAUGUGAUGACACAAAGAGUGUUGACUAUGGUAAAGUUUAUUUGAGAGGAAAUGUUGUAACAUUCUCCUCAACUGUGAUCAAUAAAUUUCUAGGAAGAACAAAUGAACCUCAGGUUGAACUGGAAGUCACUGAUGAUCAGGUGGGCAAAGAGAUCACGACCAAGCAGGUUAGACAUUGGCCAAACAAAAGGAAGUUGUCUGCUGGUAAGUUAAUUAUAAAGUAUGCCAUCUUGCAUAGGAUUGGUACUGCCAAUUGGGUGCCCACUAAUCACACCUCAACAAUCUCUACUGGUAUGGCAAAAUUCAUUUAUGUUGUUGGUAUAAAAAGAGCAUUUGACUUUGGAAAAUACAUUUUUGAACAAGUGUUAAAACAAGCCUUCUCUACUGCUGUAAAAGUGCCCAUUUGCUUUCCAUCCUUCAUAUGUGGAAUCAUCCUAAACCAACACCCUGGUAUUUUGCUGCCCAUGGACAAUGUGAAAAAAAGGGAUUCUCCCUUGUCACUCCACUACAAACUCUUUGCAGGAACUCAUGUACCAAAGAUUGUUAUGACAUCCUCUCGGGCACCUGGCUAUACCACCUCCAAGAAGAGUGACAUUGCUCAGUUGAAGGAAACAUACAAAGAGUUGGAGGACUCCAUCAGAUCUAACACAGCUACAAAGAUCAAACUGGAGACAUUGAUGAAGGCAGUGAUGGAAUAG